GGCAGGCAUUGACGGAAAGGCGCGCGGGCGAUUGGAUUUGUGCCACGUCACAAAUUCACAAUAGGACUCACUGGGGAUCCACACAUAAUCAUUGACCGGUCCGAAGCCAAGCCUUCAUUUCUGCAAUUUUACCGUUGGAGAUAAGCAGAGAGAGAGAACGAAGAGUGUUGUCAAGAAGGCAUGGGUGCCUGCAACCAAAUCAGGAGCUCUAUCGUCAUCUCACUUUUGAUAAACAAACAUAUUAAUAGUAUUAUUAUAUAGAAGAACUCCAUGAAAGCAGUGGCGUUGUCAUCGUCAUCGCUGAUCUUUUUAUUGCCAUCUACUGCUUCCAUCAAUGGCGUCACUUCUGGCUGCUUCUGCUUCUGCUAUUCGUCUUCUUCCUCUUCGAUUUCGGUUUCUAACUCCAUUAACAAGUACAAUCUCUUUAUAAUUAUGGGGCGGAGCAAGAAGUUUCCUUCUUCAUCCCCAUCUCCCAAGGGUUCCGAACCAACUCCUCCGAGAAUCACAUCAAAUGUCAAGCAGAAUUUGCAGUUUUUAAAAUUAUGGAAGGAAUUCCAAAAGAGAAAGUCUGGCACACCUAAGCCUGCUACUAGUUACCGCAAGAAAAAGGUGGAGAAGGAAGAUCUGCCUGAAGAUACGGAGUAUUAUCGUGAUCCAACCACAACCCUCUACUAUACAAACCAGGGUUUAGAAACUGCUGUCCCUGUCUUGUUGGUUGAUGGGUAUAAUGUUUGUGGCUAUUGGGCAAAGCUGAAGAAAUAUUUUAUGAAUGGAAGACUUGAUAUAGCUCGGCAAAAGCUGAUUGAUGAACUUGUAGCAUUCAGCUUGUUGAGAGAAGUGAAAGUGGUAGUUGUAUUUGAUGCUAUGAUGUCGGGACUCCCAACACAUAAGGAAACGUUUGAAAGUGUUGAUAUAGUUUUCUCAAGUGAAACGUGUGCUGAUGCUUGGAUUGAGAAAGAGGUUGUAGCCUUGAGGGAGGAUGGGUGUCCCAGAGUUUGGGUUGCAACUUCUGAUCAUGAUCAGCAGCACGCAGCACAUGGAGCAGGAGCCUUUGUUUGGAGUUGCAAGGCACUGGUUUCUGAGAUUAAAGCAUCGAAGAAGGAGGUUGAGAUGAUGCUCCAAGAACAUAGAUCCAGUUCUUUCCAAGGUAAAUUGUUGAAGCACAAUCUUGAUUCGGAUGUAGUAGACGCUCUCAAAGAUCUAAGGAGCAAGCUGUCCGGACCAAGUUGAAGUAGACCUAGAUGGACUAUUCUGCUUUACACCUUGCACAGUAGUUACAUAGACAGAGGUAUCAGUUGCUACUUGACUACAUCACUAAAAAUUAGAGCGUCCAUGGUAAUCUGAUAAAAGGGGAAAGGUGAAUUUUAAUGGAGAAAUUCUUUUUCCCUCAUAUUGAAUCUUCAACUGUUUCUUUAGUUUUCUUUGUUCGGAGAAAGCUAACAUCAAACACGUUAGUCAUGUCCGAUGCAUUCUCGCGCGCAUCCAAUGGGUGUCAAGGAUGUCAGACAUGUAGUAUGCGACUAUUUUUUCAUUUUUCCCUUCACGUCUUCUAUGUAAAUGUAUGUUUAUACAUAUGCCUAUUAACAUUAAAAUUAAAAUUUUAUGUCCACUUUCUAUUCA